AUGGCGGACCCAAUUGAUGAAAAACAUCAAUCUACCGACUCUGAUGAUAUCAAAAAGAAGUCACAAGACUUAGAGCGAAAUGUUACCUUGGGUGAAGGGGAAUUGCAAGACCCCAUGUUCAAGCAUGCUGAUUCAAAUGACGGCGAUGAAGCGCUUAAAGCCUUUGCUGGACAUGACGGUGAAGUUAUUGUCAUGACGCCAGAGAUGGAAAAGGCAUUGUUGAGAAAAAUUGAUUGGAAUUUGAUGCCGAUGCUCUGCGUUGUGUACGGCCUCAACUAUCUCGACAAAACUACACUUUCCUAUGCGAGCAUUAUGGGGAUGAAAACCUCGCUCGAUCUUAAGGGUGAUAAUUAUCAAUGGCUAGGAUCAAUGUUCUACAUCGGCUACUUGGUCUGGGAGUAUCCCACCAAUCUUCUACUGCAGAGAUUGCCGCUCGCUAAAUGGUCAUCGUUCAAUAUCAUAGCUUGGGGUGGGACCUUGUGUUGCAUGGCUGCGACAAGCAAUUUUGCGGGUGCUGUGGCUGUGCGCUUCUUUCUGGGAGUCUUCGAGGCUGCAGUAACUCCUGGUUUUACCCUCUUUACAUCCCAGUGGUACACGCAAAGAGAGCAAGGCUUCCGAACUGGAAUAUGGUUCAGUUUCAAUGGCUUCGCUCAAAUAUUUGGUGGUCUCGUUGCUUACGGCAUCUCAGUUGGUGUUAAAAAACACGGAUCGACCAUUGCUUCAUGGAAGAUUGUGUUCUUGGCCAUUGGUCUGUUGACAGUAACUAUCGGUUGCAUAUUUUUAUAUUUCAUGCCGGAUAAUCAAUUGAAUGCCAAAUUCCUUACGCAACAAGAGAGACUUAUGGCUGUUGAGCGUAUCAGAAAGAACCAACAAGGUGUGGGCAAUAAACACUUUAAAAUGUAUCAAUUGAAGGAGGCUCUUGCCGAUCCGGUAACUUGGGCGUUCGUCUUCUAUGGAUUGGUAGCAGAUAUUCCUAAUGGUGGAAUUUCCAACUUCUUUUCCCAGCUUAUCGUUUCAUUUGGCUACACUCCCGACGAAUCACUUCUUUACGGAACUCCGGGUGGUGCUGUCGAAGUUAUAGCCCUCAUUGCAUGUGGUUAUCUUGGAGAUAAAUAUGGACACAGACUUCUGAUCUCUAUAUCUGGUCUCUUGAUAGCGAUGUUAGGCAUGAUACUUAUAGUUGCACUUCCUUUAUCCAACGACAGUGGUCGUUUGGCAGGCUACUACCUAACACAAGCUUCACCAACGCCGUUCACUGCGCUUCUCUCCAUGAUAUCGAGUAAUGUCGCAGGUUAUACCAAGAAAACAACAGUCGCAGCCCUACCCGCAGACGCGCCACGGUAUAAACCAGCGGAAAUAACCAUCAUUGUAUGUUAUGGAGUGUGUGCCCUGGAUGUGGCUUUCAUUGCUUGGUACUACAACAGGAUGAACAAGAAGAACGAAGCGAUUAGAGCCGCGCCAGGUUACAGAAAGCUAGAUAAACAAGAGUUUCUUGAUUUGACGGACAAGGAAAAUCACGAGUUUGUCUAUGCCCUGUAA